CCGGGCACUUGAGUUCCGCUGUUGUCUCGCUCGAGGGCGAAUGUGAAGGUCUCGGGCGAGCGAGCGAAAAAGAAACCAUUGAGAGACUGGGUGAACAGAGAGAAGAUGACCGGGAUGACUGGGAGUUUGUCCCUGUUCCUGAUAGCUCGCCUCUUCCUGACGGUGGAUUCCCAGACGGGCCCAGUGUUACCACCACAGAAUCUGUCCCUGCACUGGAUCGAAGACUUCAAAGCUAGGUUGACCUGGACACUACCACAGCACUCAGGGACGAACUGCACCUAUAUCGUGCAAAUAAACAAUGAAUAUAAAGAUACUGUCGCUUCUCCUCCCUGGACCGCCUCCCUGGAUGAAAAAGGAUUUCAGAAUCUGUCCGUUCAAACUGUCUGUGGUGAAAGAAAAAGCAAUUCAACUAUCCUCAUGUAUCCAGAGAUGGUGAGGAAUGUGAAGGGCUACUGGUACCCUGCAGAAAACGCUAGUGUCUUCUGGGAGCCAGUCGUUCCCAGGACAGAUGUUGGUUUUUUCUAUCGAUUGAUAAACCAGGAUGGUACUAUGUCUUUUUAUGACCCCCCUGCGCCCCUGCGAGAGUGCUCGUCGUACAGUUUCACCGGAGGCGUCAGGACCGGCUGUGAGCUGCAGGUCAACCUCAAGCAGAGCAUUGAUAUGUUGUUCAACGGGACGGAGAACAAGACGCUGUUCAGGAACACCUUCCGGAUGAGACCGCUAGAUCAUUUUACUGUGAAACUGCCUCCCCUUGAGUGGACAGUAAAAAAGACUGGGAAUAAAUUCAACAUCAGCUGGAUUACUCCUCGCACCAGAGAUUAUUUUAAGCAGUUCGUGCUUAAUUACACUGAGUGUGAGACAUCAAUGUCUAAACCGAUAACAGAUAAAGAUAAAACAACAACUGAGCUGACCGUUGUCCCACACUGUCCGUACCGCAUGACGAUGCAAGCUGUGUACAUAGGAGAUAUCUGGACCCCGGGGACUGAGGAGAAGUAUUUCGAUGCAGAAACCGAUCCUAACAAGUUGCUGUAUGCAGUCAUCCUCAUCCCAUUGAUGUUUGCUGGCCUGACAGCCCUGACCUUUGUGUGUUGCAGGAAGCACAUAGGGAAAAAUAAUCGCAUCUUCCUUAAAGUGCCUCAACCUCGGGACUUCCUCACAGAUAUUUCUGACAACAACAACAAGAGCACUGCUUGCAAUCUGUACUACCCAGCCGAGGAAGAGAACUGCAGGAUCUCACUGGUGUUGGAGCCUGAAAUCGGCUAACGGGAAGACGAGUGAAAGUCUCCUGAGCUCCUGUUGAACCGGCUAAAGAGGAAAAUGGGAGACUGUGCUGUUGAAGAGGAGGCGUCUGCUGGUCAGAACGUGGAGCAAGCUUUUUUAUUGGCUCGUCGAUGAGGUGUGUCAAAGAAAGUUUUUAGUCUUAGAACAUAUGACCCCACAGUCAUGCAGCAACCCCGGCAGCAGCAGCUAGAGUUCAUCAGAUCUUUAGGGUCUCAACAACCGGUCGUUCUGCAGCGACACAUUUGCAUCCAAUAAAUUCACUUUUUCCCGAUUGUUUGCGCAUUUAUUAGUUAUUGUUAGAAAAACGUUGGCAUCAAAUGUAGCUGCUACCUGAAUGUGUGAUCGAUCAGCGCUGGUGCUUGACUGAUUGAGAUUGUUUCCAAUCUUAAUGUAUUUAUAUGUGUAGACUUAAAUAUAAAGAGCUAAUAAAUCAGAAAGCUUGGCUCAGCGAUGGGCUGCAGAGCUGCUUUUCCUUGACAA